GCCAUAAAAAAGGCCUCCCUCGCCUCCGGGCGGAGCUUUCGAAGCUCCUUCCCCCCCCCCCCCCCCCCCCCCCCCCGCCCCGGCCCCCACCCACCUCGCAACCAUCACCACCGCCCACCGUUCCCACCGCCGCCGCCCCUAUAUCCACUCCCCCGGCCACGCUCCCCCUCGCACCCGCCGCCCACCUGUGCUCCUCCUGCGCUCCUCCAGUGAUUCACUCCUCACUGCUGCUCUCCCUCCGCGGGGCCGCCGCCGCAGCGAGAUCUCCGGCCAUGGUCGCCGCCUCCGGCAUCGCGCCGCCGCGGGCCGCGGCCGCCCUCCCCUGCACGCGCGCGCGCGGAGGGCACCGCCCCGGCUUCCUCCGAUCCCCUCCGCUCACGGCCUCCGUGGCGGCGCAGCUGCGGUGCUGCGCCUCCGCCGUCGACGACAGCGUCGUCGCCCCGGCCGCGCCCAGGCCCCGCCUCCCCAGGGUGGUUGGCAUGGGCUCAAAGCUCAUCGGAAGCGGAUCGGCCACUCCAUCACUUUGUAUUUCAAAUGACGACCUUUCAAAAUUUGUUGAAACGUCCGAUGAAUGGAUCGCGGCGCGGACCGGGAUUCGGAACAGGCGGGUUCUUUCAGGAGGCGAAACACUGGGAGGGCUUUCAGUAAAGGCAGCACAAAGGGCACUUGAGAUGGCCCAAGUAAGACCUGAAGAUGUUGACCUUGUUCUCUUUUGCACAUCUACUCCAGACGAUCUCUUUGGCGGUGCUGGUCGGGUGCUGGCGGAGGUGGGGUGCACAAAUGCAUUUGGCUUUGAUAUCACUGCUGCCUGUAGUGGGUUCAUUGUUGGUUUAAUUACAGCUACUCGUUUUAUCAAAGGUGGAGGUAUUCAAAAUGUCCUUGUAGUUGGGGCAGAUGCUCUUUCGCAAUAUGUGGAUUGGACAGAUAGAGGUACAUGCAUCCUCUUUGGUGAUGCUGCUGGUGCUGUUUUGGUCCAGUCAUGCAAUGCUGAUGAAGAUGGCUUGCUAGGUUUUUGUGUGCAAAGCGAUGGCCAUGGGCAAAAGCACCUGCAUUGUUCAUCAUCGAACGCUGACUCAAUCUUAUCCAAGACCAAUGGUGUCCCUGGCUUCCCACCGAAGAAGACCAACUUUUCUUGCAUCGAAAUGAACGGAAAGGAGGUUUUCCGCUUUGCUGUACGUUGUGUCCCACAGUCCAUCGAGAAGGCGCUAGAGGAGGCCGGCCUACCUGCCUCCAGUAUAGAUUGGCUGUUGCUUCACCAAGCUAACCAGCGGAUCAUCGAUGCUGCUGCCAGUCGGUUAUCUAUCCCAUCGGAAAAAGUCAUCUCAAACCUUGCUAAUUACGGCAACACCAGUGCGGCAUCCAUUCCAUUAGCACUGGACGAGGCUGUUCGUGGCGGGAAGGUGAAGGCGGGCGACAUCAUCGCAGCAUCUGGCUUCGGAGCUGGACUCACCUGGGGUUCGGCUAUCGUCAAAUGGGGUUAAUCAACCGCUCUGCACAGCGAACUAUCACAGCAAACUAAACACCGGUUCCAAAGCUUUUGCCUGCAUAUGGUCCUAGGUCUAAGAGCCUCUGCGGGGUCAUCUACCCGUCGCCUGUCCGGCAUUUUUCUUUUAAAUGUCCGUCAUAUUUUCUUGCACAUGAACAGUGGCAGUUUGCCUUAUUCAUCCAUUCCUUUGGCCCGUUACACAGCUCAGCUGUCAUUGUGGUUAUCACUACUGUACUUACUAGCCAACAGCGAGUCUGUAUUGUAUUAGUCUUCUGUAGUUUGAGUGGCACGCUUGAUCGAGUAUUUUGCAUCUGGGAUGGAAAUUGGAAGUUUUUAGCUGGUGUUGGAAGGAGGAUACUGCAUUGUAAAGUGUUAACGGGCCUUCCUAGCAAGGUGUUUUUGUCUGGAGAUUCCGAUGAAUUGUGAUCAGUUUUA